UGCCCUUCCUGCUCUGUCCCAGCGCCCCGCCCCUGGGCCCACGUGACGCGAGCCCCGCCCCGCCCCGUCCCCGCACUGGCCGCUCUUGCGCUCUGCUGUCCGCUCGGCGCCUCAGUGUUAUCCGGAUAAUCGCAUCACAAUGGCGAGACGGAGAGCCCAGCACUGUGCUUCUUUAUGGGGGGCCUGAUCCUGUCCCCAUUGUGUGCCUACCUCUGAGAUGCUGCCUGGCAGCUGGUGGAAAGCUGCCACCACCACCACCACCACCACCACCCAGGGCACUGUCCUGCUGGAGGCCCAGUAUGAUUACACCUACCAGGGCGCCGAUGGCCGGCAGGUGCAGAUCUGGGAGGGCGAGACCUUUGUGUUGCUGCGCAAGGCCAACGAAGACUGGUGGCAGGUGCAGCGUUUCCAUGGACCCCCUAAAGCCAAACCCAUCUACGUCCCUGCCGCCUACGUGACCCAGGUGUCCGGUGCAGAAGGAGCGGCACGGGGUCAGCGGGCAGCCAAGCCGUUCUGUCGCUCGAUGGAGGACCUCAACUCCAAUGGCACGGAGGGAUGUCGAAUGGCUGCGCUGACCCCCCGGGGGUCCUUUCUGCUGCCCCCUUCCCAGGACUUGCCGGUGGAGCGCAGCUGCAGUUCCAGCCUCCUGCCACAGAACCCGUACCAGAGGGCCGAGGGCCGCCCGCCUUGCACAUUCCCCCCUCAGAGGGACGUCCUGGACGUGCCAUGGAGAGCUGGUAGGCGCGAGCAGCCCUCUGCUACCCAGUCCGCCCUGCUGGACACGCACCUGUAUAGCAACCUUCAAGACCUGAAACGGUGGCAGAGCGAGCCACCCAGUCCCACCCAGGACCCAAUACAGGUCCUGGACCUGUGGGCUCAGCAUCUGGACCCGAGUUCUGGGCGCUACUUCUAUGUGAACAUGGUGACCGGGGAGCGAUCCUGGAAGCCACCACGGCGCAGCCGACAGCGGGCGGCUGACUGGUCGAGAACACUCCCUGGGGGGAUGCUGCCCAGUGACAACCGCCACCUGUACCCUAAUGGUCAGAAACUGCAGCGGCAGGAUCUGCAGCGAGCCGCCUCCAGUACCGGCCUGGCCGAGACCCCCUCGGAGCCGCUCAGUUGGCGUGGCGCACUCGCCGACCGCAAUGGGAACAAGAUGGUCCUUCAGUCUUCCAGCCCAUCCCAGAAGUCGCUGGGCAGCAGCAGUGUGGACAAGGACCCUGACAGCUCGGACAGCAGCACCCCGGAGCUGGAGAAAGCGGGACCACUGAACAAGACCAAAGUAGCCGAGGGUGGACGCAAGCUGAGGAAGAACUGGAGCUCCUCCUGGGUGGUUCUGGUGGGAAACAGCUUGAUGUUCUUCAAAGACCCAAAAGCCCAAACGCCUACAAGCUGGAAACCUGGGCACAGCAAGCCAGAGAGCAGCAUCGACCUGCGGGGCGCCCAGCUGCAUUGGGUCAACGACAUGUCCAGCAGGAAGAACGUCUUCUGGCUGCGCACGGUGACAGGUAACGAGUUCCUGCUCCAGUCAGACACAGAGACGGUCAUCCGCGAGUGGUUCAGCACACUACACGGGGUCAUCGAGAGACUGGAGCGGGAGAAUCCCAUCGACAACAUCUCGCUGUACUCCCUGAGGCGGUCCGGCUCCAACGAGCUGCUGGAUGGCAGCGGGGACGAGGACGACACACGCUGGAACAGGAAGGCCUCAUUGACCCGCUCGGUGUCCAACGUGGAGAACUCCGAGAAGAAGCGCGUGAAGAGCCGCCUCAAGAGGCUCAUUCAGAAGAGGCCCCCGCUGCAGGCGCUGCAGGAGAAGGGUCUCAUCAAAGAUCAGGUCUUUGGCUGCCGUCUGGAUGCCCUCUGCCAGCGUGAGAAGACCAUGGUGCCCAAGUUUGUUCGCAUGUGUGCCGAGGCCGUGGAAAGCCGAGGUUUGGACUGUGACGGCAUCUACAGGGUCAGUGGGAAUAUUGGAACGAUCCAGAAACUGCGCUUCAUCGUUGAUCAUGAGCGAGCGGUGACCAGCGAUGGCCGUUAUCUCUUCCCGGCGGAGCAGGUGCAAGAGGAGAAGCUGAAUUUGGAUGACAGCCAGUGGGAGGACAUCCAUGUCAUCACGGGGGCCCUCAAGAUGUUCUUCAGGGAGCUGCCCGAGCCGCUGGUGCCCUACGACCUUUUUGAUGACUUUGUCGAGUCCGUGAAAAUACCCGACUACCAGGAACGGGUGAAGAGGAUCAAGUGGCUCAUUGACCAGCUGCCUGAGAUCAACUACCACACCAUGAGGUUCAUGUUCAGACACCUGAGAAGGGUGAUGCAGCACCAGGAGUUGAACCGCAUGAGCGUGCAGAACAUUGGCAUCGUCUUCGGCCCCACGCUCCUCCGUCCAGAGAAAGACUUUGGCAACAUUGCGGUCAGCAUGGUCUACCAGAACCAGGUGGUGGAGCUCAUCCUCAGCGAAUGUGAGCAGCUCUUUGAGCCCCAGUGACUGAAGCCUCGCAGCCUUGUGGACUGGCGCCGACCAGUCCUCCUCCUCCUCCUCUUCAUCCUCAUCCUCCCGUGAGAUGGACACAUGCCACUGACCCCCCCCCACCGCCCGCCCCUCACAAUAAACCCUCUUUUUUAUUCUUUGUA